AUGAGCAGCACCGAGGAGACAAAGAAGGCUCGCAGCCGCGUCUUCUUUGACGUUACCAUCGGAGGAAAGCCCGCCGGCCGCAUCACAUUCGAGCUUUACGAUGACAUUGUGCCCAAGACGGCCGAGAACUUCCGCGCUCUCUGCACGGGCGAGAAGGGUAUCGGCAAGGCCGGUAAACCUUUGCACUACAAGGGGUCACUAUUCCACCGCAUCAUCAAGCAGUUCAUGAUCCAGGGUGGUGACUUCACGGCCGGCAAUGGCACAGGCGGCGAGUCCAUCUAUGGUGCCAAGUUUGAGGAUGAGAACUUUGAGCUGAAGCACGACCGUCCUUUCUUGCUGUCCAUGGCUAAUGCUGGUCCCGGUACAAACGGUUCCCAAUUCUUCAUUACUACUGUGCCAACACCACAUCUCGAUGGAAAGCAUGUCGUUUUUGGAGAGGUCCUCAGCGGCAAGUCCGUCGUCCGUCAACUCGAAAACCUCACCACUCAAGCCGACAAGCCCACGAAAGAUGCCGUCAUCGCCGACUGCGGCGAGCUCUCCGGCUCCGAAGCCAUCACCGCCGACACCAAGACCGCCGACGCCUAUGGUGAUGAGUACGAAGAUUUCCCCGAAGACCAAGUUAGUGGCAGCGAAACUCUUUCCGCCACUCAAAUCCUCAAAAUCGCCAGCGACUGCAAGGAGUUUGGCAACAAGGCUUUCAAGGGUGGCGACUUGAGCGUGGCCCUGGACAAAUACCAAAAGGGCUUGCGCUACCUGAACGAGGACCCCGAUCUGGACAACGAAUCCGAUGAGACCAAGUCCAGGCUCAGCACUUUGCGCAUCUCGCUCAACACCAACGCGGCGCUCAUGAAUUUCAAGCUGGAGGCGUGGGAUGACACGGUUCGUUCUGCAAACGGUGCUCUUGCCGUGGCUGGCAUCUCAGGCAAGGAGAAGGCAAAGGCUCUCUACCACCGCGGACGUGCUCAGUUGCGUCUCAAGGACGAGGAUGCUGCUCUGGAGAGUUUGGGAGAGGCUCAAAAGGUUGACCCGGAGAACGCGGCUGUCGCGAAGGAGCUGGCCGAGGUCAAGAAGGCGGCUGCUGCGAGACGCGCCAAGGAGAAGGCGGCGUACAAGAAGUUCUUUAGCUGAACGGGGCAUGGAAAGAUGAUUGAGUUAUGACUUUGCAAGCGAUUUCUGACACAUACAGGGUAGCCAGGUACCUUUUUCACACAUUGUUUCUCUCUUCCUGGAUGGGGUUUCAUGGCGUCAAAACUCGCAAUGGGAAGAAAACUAGUGGAGGGGUUCGCAGUAAUGUUCACGCAUACCCAACAUAAGCGAAGGGACACUAGGUCUUUUCAUCAAUACUAGGAUUGACUUUCUCUUUUCGUUCAUCCGAUUCCAGAGCUAAUACUGAGAGUUGAUGUGUUAUCCUGC